AUUGAUGAAGCCGUGAAGAGAAGAGAAGAGAAGAGAAGUGCGAAACUAUGUGGGCAGCAGCUUCAGUCUCUUUUCCGUCGUACAACUAUGGGAAACCCAUCAACACUCUUCAAGCUUGUGGCUCUUUUCCUAGGACGCCCAAGUCUUUGAGGCUCAGAGCUUCCUUCUACGACUAUCCUCUCGGAAGCAGAAUCAUGGUCAAAAAUAUACCUUAUUCCACGUGUGAAGAUAGUCUGCAGCAGAAGUUUUCAAAUUUUGGAGAGAUAGCUGAAGUUAAACUAGUGAAGGAUAAAACUUCAAGGAGGUCGAAGGGGUUUGCAUUUAUUCAGUACACCAGCCAAGAUGAUGCAAUGCUUGCCCUGGAAAAUAUGGACCACCAGACUUUUGAUGGCAGGGUCAUCUACGUGGAACUUGCAAAACCUGGUAAAGAUGCUUAUGCAGGAUGCCCAAAAACCACUGGACCCCCAAGUAAGCUGUAUAUGCAGCAUCAAGAGGAAGUUACAGACUGCUGGUAUUGAUAUCAAACGAACAAACAAGAGAAUCCAAGAAUUACUGAAUGCAAAGGUACAUUUGACUUGGCAUCUCAGUGUGACUCCUAGGCCAUUAUUAAACUGACUGACAAUCAUUCAUUUCUGUAUAUUUUUUUGUAUGCUUACUCUUUUUGUAUCAGAAUGUAUGGGUAUAACUUUUUCUAUUA